CCAUAAUCAUACACAAGUACUACAUUUUUCAUAACCAUACCUUAAAAUGAUCAUGAAGAUUCAAAAGCAAUAUCUCUUAUGCAUUUCACUAACACUACUACUUUCCCUCACUUUAGCCUCUAUAUCUCCGGCCACAUCACCAACUCAAACACCAACUUCAUUACCCCAACAACCACCAAAUGACAAUAACACCCCUGAAACAUCUACAACCGACAUAGUUCAAAUCCUUAAACAAGCAAACUCUUUCAACAUCUUCAUCCGUCUCAUGAAAACAACUCAGUUAAUCAACCAACUAAACUCACAACUCAUAACCAUAAAAUCUGGCGGCUUAACAAUUCUUGCACCAGAAGAUUCAGCAUUCUCAGAACUCAAACCAGGCUUCCUCAACACACUCUCCAAUGGACAGAAACUAGAGCUACUUCAGUUCCACGUUGUUCCUGAUUUUGUAUCUAGCUCUAACUUCGAUACUUUGACUAACCCUGUGAGAACACUCGCUGGAAACAAACCUGGAAAAGUUGAACUUAACGUGAUUAGUUAUAAUGGAAACGUGAAUAUUUCAACUGGACAAGUUAAUACGACGGUUAGCGGAGUUAUAUAUACGGAUAAACAUCUUGCUAUUUAUAGGGUUGGUAAAGUGCUUAUUCCGUCGGAGUUUUUUCCUGCGAAGAAAAUCGUGGCGGCGCCGGCUUUAGCACCGGCGCCUGUGAUUGAUGAAGCUAAGGCGCCGAAGGCUGAGAAGGAGAAACCAGUGUCUUCGGAAGAUUCAUCGUCGCAGGUUGUUCCUACUUUGACAUCUGGUGGCAUGAGGAUCGAUGUGUGUGGAACUUGGGUGGUUCUUGUUGUUGGAAUUGUUUUGGGAGGUUUUUAAAACAUGAAGUACUAGAAAGUGCGAUGUGUUGGAAUAAGCUACUAUAAUAGAUUGGUGUUUGGGUGUUUAUGAUUGAGCAUGGAAAGUGAAAAUGGAGGGAAUAUGUGUAUAUCUCUAUGAAUUUCAUUCUAUAAUUAAAAGUGUCUUAUAUACUACUUCAUUCUAUAAUUAAGUGUCUUAUAUAG